UGAUAUAUUUAUUUGUGAUUAGGAACCUGAUAGCUGAAUAUUGUAACUCUACCUAUCCACGAGAUGGCGAAAACAACCUGGAUAUCGUAUGUCUUCUUGGCUUUUGUCUCAACUUUAUUCGUGGUACAUGCUGAUACUAAGUUUCCUACGUGUCUUUAUAAUGGUAUAUAUUAUGAGCAGGGCGUAAUAUUUCCUGCUACUGAAGGAUGUAACACUUGUCGGUGUACGGAAUUCGGAAUCGUAUCAUGUACCAAAUUCACCUGUUGUCUGUACGAUGGUACACUUUACCAACCAGGGGACACAUUUAAUGCUACCGAUGGUUGCAACACCUGCUGGUGUAUGGAAGAUGGAACCGUACCAUGCACCAAAAUCUAUUGCAAUAACUGUAUGUACAACGGUACAUAUUACCAACCCGGAGAAAUAUUCCCUGCCACUGAUGGUUGCAACACUUGUCGGUGUACGGAAUUUGGACUCGUAGCAUGUACCAAAUUCACCUGUUGUCUGUACGACGGUACACUUUACCAACCAGAGGACACAUUUAAUGCCACCGAUGGUUGCAACACCUGCUGGUGUACGGAAGAUGGAACCGUACCUUGCACCAAAAUCUAUUGCAUUAACUGUCUGUACAACGGUACGCGCUACCAUCCAGGCGACUCAUUCCCGGCCACCGAUGGCUGCAACACUUGUACAUGUUACAAGGAUGGAAGUGUACAUUGCACGGAACUCGCUUGCGCCACAUGCUUAUAUAAUGGUAAACGUUAUAAACCCGGCGACUCAUUCCUAGCUGGUGAUGGCUGCAACAGGUGCGGAUGUCGAAGCAAUGGCUUAGUAGUCUGCACGUUAAUUGCUUGCCAGAGCAUUGAAUAAAUAAUAUAUAUAAAUGAA